UUGGUAAGUUGCACUGAGAAAGCAAUAGCAUUCCGAUACAUAAACAUACGAUUGUCGUGUAACUUGACGCGCCUUCCAGCCGACAAAGUUUAUCGUUGUGCAAGAGUGAAACGGACACGAUACAAUUCAUACACGCACACACAUUGACCAAAAUUCAACGUUGCGUGUACGAUUCGAAUCCAAAUGUUGUAUGAAGUGAGAAUGUGUCGGGCUCCAGAAGUGUAAGACAACAGCCGAAGACGGAGCAGCACCACCAAAGCAGAACAUACAACCAAUGAGUGUGUGUGUGUAUCUGUGUGUGCUUGUGUAAGUGUUGAUCUAUGUAUACGCUCGAUUAUUUGGUACGUUCAUGAAUUUUGUAUUUUUUCGUAUUCAAUAUGGCGAAAGCAGUGUUUGACGUUGGGUGUGUGUGAUUUAUUGCGCUGCGUUUUUCAUGUAAUUAAGUAUAGUGCUAAAUUUUGUGUUUUUCUUCAUUUCAACAAAUUUUUUUUCUCUGCAUUUACAAUUUGUAUUCAUUAUGUAAAAAAAAGAUCAAUUUGCGGCACUUUUUUCAUAAACGAUUCCAAGUUUAAGUGUUUACUUUGAAUUCGAACAUAUUUCAUUUUUUAAGAGACGCAAAGCAAAACCAGCUAAAAAAAAGAAUCCACAUCAAAAAAGUGUUGAUCCAAUCCAGUGUAGAUGCUAUCAUCGACCCAAUUGAAUGUGAGAAAAAAAGAAAAAAAGAAUAACUGGGUGUAAACGGGAAUUGGGCAAAGUGAAAAAAUAUAUGCAAUUUUCAUAUUAUUUUAAGUAUUUUAUUUCGUGCGUGAGUGAUAUUUAAAAUUGAAGAAAGAAAAAAAGUUUGUUACACAUGCGAUAAUUGGAUGAGAAAGAAUAAUUUCAUUGUUGCCAAACAGAAAUUUACUCAAAAUAAGGCGAAACACGAAAAAAACCCGUUUAAAUAAUUAACACGCGAAAAAUCAUAAAACAAUCAAUAACACAAUGGUAGUGCAGCAGAUCGAAAUGAAACCAUUCAUGCAAAUUGUUUGAAACAAAAGGGCGAGAUGUUAGAAUGACUUCAACGAUUCGGUGUAAACUAGUAAAUACGACAAACAGUUUCAUUCGACGUCGACGAAAAACUUGAAGUUCAUUUUAAUUGAGCAGUGAUUUAAAUUGGCGAUUCCGACCUUUUAGCACAGCACUACCCUCAUUAAACCAUUAAAUAGUCACGAAACAUUUUAUUUGUUUUCGCCAAUCAACGACAAACGACCGUAUAAAAAACGAAAAAAAAUGGCACCAUCACAAGCGUCGACAUCGGGAAAUCGAAUGACUCAUUCGCUCAGCACACCAUCCGGCGUGGAUGGUUCGGCGUCCACAGUGAGUCGUGGCUCGAAAAAAUUAGCCAUACGCGUACAAAUGCUCGAUGAUUCAGUCACUUUGUUCCAAGUGCAGGCCAAAGCGCUGGGAAAAGUUUUAUUCGAACAAGUUUGCCGACAGCUCAACUUACUCGAAGAGGAUUAUUUUGGUCUAGAAUAUCAAGAAACUACGUCAAAUGUUAAAUAUUGGUUGGAUCUAGAAAAACCAAUAAAUCGACAAGUUGGCCUAUCGCUCGUUGAACCCAUGCUUAAAUUUUGCGUUAAAUUUUACACACCCGAUCCUGUGCAGUUAGAAGAAGAAUUUACACGAUUUUUGUUUUGCUUACAAAUCAAACGAGACUUAGCUGAUAAUACAUUACAAUGUAACGAUAAUACAGCUGCCUUAAUGGCCAGUUACAUAGUUCAAGCAUCGUGUGGCGAUUAUGUAGCCGAAGAUUAUCCGGAUCACACAUAUUUGUCAUCGUAUCGCUUUGUACCGCAUCAGGAUGCGGCAAUGCAACGACGAAUUAUGGAAAAUCACAAAAAGCAUGUAGGUCAAACGCCAGCUGAAGCCGAUUUGAAUCUAUUGGAAACAGCACGACGCUGUGAAUUGUAUGGCAUGAGAAUGCAUCCAGCCAAAGACAUUGAGGGUGUGCCACUCAAUUUGUCGGUUGCCCACAUGGGAAUUGCUGUAUUUCAAGGCAUCACACGAAUCAACACAUUCUCUUGGGCAAAAAUACGAAAAAUUUCAUUUAAACGAAAACGUUUUCUGGUCAAACUUCAUCCUGAAGGCUAUGGUUAUUACAAAGAUACGGUGGAGUUUUUCUUUGAAACACGAAACGAAUGUAAAAACUUUUGGAAAAAAUGUGUAGAAAAUCAUGGUUUCUUUCGUUGCACAAUGGUGCAAUCGACGCCCCGGCGAAAAGCACGCGUUUUAUCACGUGGCAGUUCGUUUCGAUACAGCGGAAGAACGCAAAAACAAAUUGUGGAAUUCGUGCGUGAAAAUUAUGUCAAGCGACAAGCAUUUCAAAGGUCUCAAUCAUUUCGUCAGGGACCACUUCAAGCUAGUAAUCGAAGUCUGUCGCACAAUUCGUGCAAUGUGAAUUCCAGCAUUUCAGCACAUCCUUUGCUCCCGAUUGAGACUGCGGAAUGGGACUAUCGCAAUCCGAACAAAAAUUCGAUGACGCCUUCUCAGACGAAGAGGCAAGUGAAUACACCGAGUCACCAACACGACAGUCGUACCGAACACACGCGGUCUCAAGUCACAGCAGCCCAGGUGGAGAUUUAUCCGACGAAGACUUCUGCAGUAACAACGGAACACAUGGAUUCGAGUCACUCUGCAUCUCCGGCAACCACAUGGAACUCUCGCAAACAAAACAACAACAAUAUGCGCGAAAUCGAUCCGGUUCAUGGACGUUCCGAAGAUCCGAACCGCAACCGUUUUGCUCAUGUGGUGUCGCAAGACACCUUGCCUCAUCACAACCACAAAUACACCUCGCCACCGCAUAUGAGCCAAGCUGUCGAAACGGAUUCGGCGGGUAUCAUCCAACCGCAGCCGCUCCAGCCGGCGCACAAUGUAACUGCUGUGCCCUCCGAUCAAUUGGAUCGGAGGCACAUCUAUACCCAGCAACGGCAUGCGGCGGAGAGUUCGCUCACAACACAAUCCUCGCAAACAACCACCGCUUCGGUGGACAUCCAUACUACGGAUCAUACCAUGGAUCAGCCGCAAAUCUCACAUUGGCCACAAACCGACGCCAACAAUGUUUGCAAACAAACCCAUUAUAGCAAUACGUUUUUGAUGUCUAAAUCCGUCAGCACUGAAGAAACGCAAUCGGAUGACAUCAGCAGCGGUCCCGAUAAUAUUAUUUACCAAGAUAUUAAUGAUUUAUACCGAAAUCGUAACGGUAGCAAUAAUAAACUAAAUCCAACCAAUAGCAGCAACUAUACAAAUUAUAAUCCAAAUCAAGCACUAAACAAUAAUAAUGCAAUUGUUAUGGCUGAUUUAUAUGCGACAAUUGAUCGCAAAGCAAAAAUGAAAUCACGCGAAAAUAUGCAAAAUGCUAUAAACAACGACGAUAAACGGCAACAAUAUAGCAACGAAUAUAUUGAUAAAUCAAAUCGAAAUUAUCCCGACCGUAUUUAUUCGUCGGCUUAUGCAAACGAAAUGAUUCCCACACGAGAUCCAAUGCCAGCACCAUAUAAUACGGGUGCUCGUCACAGUAGUGCCGGUUUAAUGGGCGAUAUUGAAGGCAAAAUUAAACGUAACUAUGAUCUAUCCGCAAUUGAUUCAAUUGAAUCGUAUGACAGUCAUCAAUACUCAAGCACCCAUCAUCGGUCGUUAAAUAAUUUAAGUAAUAAAAAUAAUGCAAAUAAUGAAGCAAUUGCAUCACAAGGUGGUGCGGGUGGUGACCCAGGCUAUAGCUCGUUGAAGAAAAAUUCGUCUGAAAAACUGGAAUAUGAACUUUCACAUUCGAAUAUUUACUCGUCGGUUCAAUAUAAAUCAAACGGUGGCCAAUCAACCACACUGCCCAGACACUUUCAAUACAGCGAUGAACGCGAUGAUAACGAAAAUGUUGUCAUCGACGAUGGUUUGGUUGAUAAGGAUACAUGGCUGCGUAGUAGCUCAUGCAAAGAUCUUUACGAUGUGGUUGAGUAUAAAGGUACACGAAAUGCUUCCACCUGUACAAAUCAACCCGAAAGUUUUGAUCGUGAAUUUUUGGCAUUCAAUCGCAUUGAUUCGCCAGUUACGCGUUAUGAUGAUGCACUUCGUUCAGCGUACACUCCGAAAAAACCAUCGAUCGAAGGCAAAGAAGAAUUUAAUUCAUUUUCAAAAGUUUAUUCGUCAAGUUAUCCGGGCACAACAUACAAUGCUCUCGAUCAAACUCACAAACGCAACAGUCACAAUCACAUUGAAUGUGCUGCAUCCGAUGACGAACUAUCGCAUGACAGUUAUGAACUAUUAGAAAAAUCUGACAUUGACGAUGAAGACGAACGAUUGUAUAAUGAAAUGGUGUAUAAUGCACGAAAACGGCAUUCGUAUCAAUGUGAAACGGCGCUGGCUUAUGAAAAAUCACAAACGAUGAGAAAACCCUUGAAUCUGUAUCAUCAACGCUCGUGUUCACUUGACUCGGGCAAUUACAUUCCGACCGAUGACGAAAGCAUCGGUUCAGAUGUGGCCAAUGAAAUUCAACAAGGUGGUGCCUAUGCACUCUUUCAACAUUAUGCCCAAACACAUUACAAUGGCUCCUAUGGCCCGAGUAAAUAUCGAACCCAUGUAUUCGAAGAUGAGAAAUCUAAAAGUGCCGCAGAUUUAAUGAAUGAUAAUGAAUUUUUCCUACUUGAAGACGCUCGGUAUUUGCCACGAGAAAAAAUGUGCGUCAAAUCCGAUGGAAAUUUCUAUAAGCAAAUCAAAGAAGCGAUGCGAGCAUCGAGUCAAGACUCCAAAAUUGACUACUAUUACGAUGAUGACAAUGAAGAUUAUAAUAAACAUUCACUGAAAAGUAAUGAUUCAAGUAAAAAAUCACGAGACAGUGUUUAUCAUACGGAUAGUAAAAAAUCGCGUGAGACAACAUCAAAAAGUAAAACAUCGUUGAUUGGAUCGGGUUCGGGUGGUUUUAAUACAUCAUCUCGUGCAUCGAGUCAAGAUUCAAAAGAAUCGCUCGACGAUGGUAAUAUUAUCGAUUUGACAUGUGGCAUGGCCAGUUCAAAAAACUACGAAAUGCCAAAAACAACGAGCAAAAAAAUUCAACAAUUUACAAAUCGUCGAAUGAGCAGUGAGCGCACAUCAAGCGUUGAAUCAAAAAGUGAAUAUUAUAUUGCGGCUGGAGAAUUGAACGAAGAGGAAAUUCAACAUUUGUCACAUGAAAAUCUACUUAAAGAACUUGCUUCGUCCAAGCAUUCGUAUUACGACAACGAAAUCACCUAUUCAUCGACAUUCCCAAGUAGUAAUAAGAGUAAUUUUAAUUGUAAUGGUAAGCGUAGCACAACCACUAGUGCUUCAACGCCAACCACUCACGUUCAUUCGAUUAGCUUACAAAAUGUCGAAACUGAUCCAAACGCCAGAACGAAUGCAUCGUAUGCAAAUACACCGACAAGCGGAUCAAUUAAAUCCGCAAACGAUAAACCGAUUGCCAUGAUUAUUGCCGAACAACAGAAAAAAUUGUCAACGGAAUUGAGCGAGGAAUAUCGACGUAGUUCGGCCGAUAAUAUUUUUAGCUUUGAUAAAGAUAAAAUUCAAUCGUUAACUGGAAGUAUUGAAUCACCUCCACCACCGAUGGUUCCAACGUCGGUACAGUAUACGGAAAAAUCCAAGAAAAGCCCCGAAUAUCCAUUGACUCCAGAACUGAUGUCUGAAUUUGAUAAACAAGUUAUCGAAUCACCGCAUUUAAUUUGUAGCACCAAAAGUAGUCGAUUAGAAGAAUUAAUAGCAAAAACACACUUUGAAGAAUAUAAUCCACGUGCUGAUAGUAAUAUUGCGAAAACAAGUACCUCCCUUUAUCACCCACAUGCAACUGUUGAACGCACCAAAAGUGAUCCCAACUCGCUUGCAAAUCGAUCACGGUUAAUAUCCAAUUCACGGCGACAUGUGCUUAUGCAUCAAAAAUCGAUUGAUCUAACACCGGCCGAUACAAGCGACGAAGAGUAUUUCUAUAAGCAAAUUCCAAGCGCACCGCCGGUUGUGUGUAAAUCAAAUUUUAAGGGAAUGUUUAAUGCCAAUCAUCCUUGUGAUUUGCCGAAUACCGAUUUCACAAAGGGAUUCCUGCGCAACUAUGAACAAAAACAUUUGCCACUUUUGAAAGAUGAUAUUCCCUAUAUUUUACACAAAAGAAAUGUAAUGAACGGCACCGCACCAUCACCAAAGCAAAAAGUUAAAUCACCAAAAUCACCAAAGUCGCCAAAGUCUCCGAAAUCACCAAAAAACAAAGACAAAAAAGGAGACAAUGAUAAAAAAUCGGGCGAUAUUAAACCAGACAUUUUACCCGAUUUACUCGAUAAUUUGGCGAAAACUGAUAAGGAAUCGGGUUUUUUAUUCACACAAAAUAUUGAUUUGUCGGCCGUCGAUCCAGUUACUUUGGAAAUCGAUAAAAGUCUGUCGCCAACCGUUGCUCCAAUGAGUCCCAAAAGUCGAGACAUUACCAAACGCAUGGACCCCAAAAUGAUGGAAACUCUCAAUCAUAAAUUGAGCCAAAUCGAAAGUGAUACAAGUUCAAAAACUGACAGUUUACAUCGAAUGCGCGGCUCUGGUGGCGCUGUAUCCAAAAUGAAAAUUGAUACGCAAAAAAAUGAUGCAUCCGAUAUUAAAUUAAUUGGCGUAAAAAAGGAAAUAAACCAAACAACGACGAUAAAACGUAUAAUCAAAUCACGUGUUUCGAAAGGUAAAGGAACCCGAACUGGUCCACGAAGAAGUAAAAUUCGAAUAACAUCAUUUUCAUCGGACGAUGAAAGCAUUGAUUCGGAUGAAGUAUUUGGUUCGGCUGAAGCGGUUCCAUCACGUUUGGAAUUUUCACCGCCACAAUCACGAAAAGAGAUUGAACCAAUUUUAAGAAUAGAGCAUAGUAAAAUAAUGUCAGCGGCCUGGGGUCGUGGUCAAACGAUGAGCUCAACUGAGGUCGAAGGUUCACCGCCACAGACGAGACGGCUAGCCGAAUUGGAGAGUCGUUAUCAUGCGCAUCCAAAAGAUCCGGCUUAUGUUAGCCAGAAAGAGUUGCGACGCAUUUCCGAGCGAUCGAUAUCGAUUCCAAGCUCCGAAGACGAUGCAAUGCCACAGCCCAAGAAUUUAGAUGAGAUCACCAGUCAAGGUUAUCACUUCACCGAGAAAAUACCAUCGCCAAUACUUGAAAGUUGUGAAUUUCUCCAUCGAACCGAUGACGAUGCGUACGAAACGUGUCAAGAAACAAAAGUCACAUCCGAUGUCGAAUACACGUUAAUCACAUCGAAAGAGGUGCGAGCAACGAAAAAAUCACGAACCAAACUAAUUGAAGAAUUUAUCGAUUCAUCGAUUGUUGUACGAUCAAAGGGACAUGCGCCCAUUCUAUUUGCACAUGCUCGAUUGAAUUUGUCGGAAGGUUCGGCAUUCGCGUCCCUGCAACGACAAAUUGCAACCCAAGACUCACCAACAGCUGGCCGUCGUGCCAAGAGUCUUGACACACAUGUUAUUUCAUUGAAUAAAUUGCCACCGAUGAAUGCAUUUUCCACAAAAGACGAUACCGUCGACGAAGAAGGUGAAAUACUGGAAGAGAAACCAUUGACUCCAAAACGAAGCACAUUCAGUGCAAAAUGUGGUUUAGAUCCGAAGAAAAUUGCAACCAAAAGUGAUGUUACCUUUGACAAUGAAGAAAUGGAACUGCUGAACAAUUUACAGUUCAUUGAAAAAAUCACGUUACAAGGUGUGAAAAUAAAAGAAAAGAAAAAAUCCAAAAUGAAACUUCGCAGUGGUGAUCAUUUAAUUCUUGAUAUUCCGCGCUAUAAAUUCGAUCAAUCGCCUUAUAGUUCGGGUAACAGUUCGAAUCGUACGUCACCCGGUGUGAGUCGUGCGAGUAGCAUUGAUAGUACCGGACGCGGCGGAUUGAAAAAACAUGCUUCUAAAAAAUCGAAAGAGAAACUACUUCUACCACAAGAUCCAAAUCGUAAAACGAAAGACCAUGCGAAAGACGAUACAAAACGUAGCGAUUCAAAAGAAAGGCCACGUUCGUUUGAAAAAGACUUUCCACGGCGAUUGAGCAAAGAAAAAAGUCGUUCACAAGAAGAAAACGAAUUGGAUGCGGCCAAGCGUAAAGAACGUCAACAAAAACUAUAUGAAUCGGCUGUAAAACAAACGAUUCCAACACUGUUGAGCCCGGACAAAACAAUUUUGCCCGCAUUUCCAGUACCACCCGAAGAUAAAAUCUCUGUAACCACUGACGGCGAUAAUAUUAUCAUUGACACGGAAAUUCGUAGCAAAGCCAAAGAUCAUGUAUUGAUUGCAAAAUCACCAAAGAAACUUGAUUGUUCGUUGAUAAAAUUUAGUCGAAGUUUCGAUGAGAAUCGAAGUCAAGAAAAAAUUGAAAAAGCCAAUCGUAGUUUUGAAGAUCGCAAUAAAUCGAUGGACGAAUCGGAUCGUUCCGAUAAUGCAGAGGAAAAAGAUAAAGACACAGAUCAUGCGCUGACCAAACAAAAAGUUGAAGGUCCGGUUGUUCAUAAGCGUAUCGAUGAAAAAUCUCUAUCGCUGGAAAAGAGUAAAAUUGCUCAUCCACCGCCACAGUUUCUUGACAUUGAAAUAAAAACAAGAAGUUUAGAUCGAACAUUUGAUCUGAUCGAUUCACUUACGCCAACACCAAUUGUGGAGAAAAAACCGACGGUGCCGUCGUCAAAGAAGGGCGAUGUCAAAAGUAAAACACAAGUGGUAAAACCAAUACCAAUUGAAGAGAUGGACAUGCAAGAGGUGAUUGCCGAACGACGAAAAUUAGAAUUGCUAAAACGGCAAUCGAUGCCAUCGGAAGAAAAGCCCAAUAAAGACGUGCACAAUGCCGAAGAAAAAAUGGAAAGCGAAGAGGAGUCAUUGACUUGGGUCAGUGAAAUUCGGCCCGAUGAUGGUGUAGACGAUGAUGCUGUGGUGCCUCAAUGGCAUCACCGUAUUCCGACUAUUGAAUGCGAAGAGCCAUCGAUCGAAGAACCGGAUUACGAUGAAGUGGCCGGCGAUGAGAAACCAAUACCACCCGUUCGAGUUCAAUCGAAAUUGAGCUACGAACGAAGUAAAAGUGAUGAGUCUGGCUCAUCAUGGGUAACCAUUGAGUGCGAAGAAUUUAUUGGCACCGAUAUUUCCGAUAAUACACCCACGAACAUUGCCCAUGAUGUGCAUGCCACGGUAAAGCAAAGCACUUUGGAAGAUGUGAAUAACGAGGAGCUCAUACAAGCAAAUGAAUCGGGCAAUGUAACACCGACGCCCGAAACAAUUAUGACGAAGCCAGAUGUCACAUUGGUAGCCGAUGCAAAAAUGAGAAUUGAUGAAAGGCGUAGCUUUUCGAAACAAAGUACAGAUCGUUCGCGUAGCACUGACACUCAAUCGUCCAUUGAAAAAACAAAUAAUUUGCAAUUAAAUCGAGCCUCGUUGGACGAUGAAUCGAGUGUGAGUUGCUCGAUUUCACGGCCACUUGGCAUUUCACAAUCAAUCGAUGCAAAUGACGAAACAAAAUGCACAGAAUUACGCGAAAAUAUGCUUUUAAAAUUGAAAAAAGAUUCACAAGUUUCACCAAGCUCACCCGAAGAUGGUCACGUUAAAUCGCCAAGCCUUGAAAAGCAAAGUCCAAUUGAUUUGGGUUCGAGUACGGAACAGGAUGCGAUUGAAGAACGUAUUUCAAAGCUAUUGGCACGAAGCGAUUCAAGCGGCAGUUCUGAUUCGAAUGGUAAAAAGAAAAGUUCAAAACAUUUAGCGCCCGAACAAGAAAUCGCUUCGGUGCAUAAAAAACUGCAUCGGCUCGAUGAGAAAGGUGAAUGUUCGAAAAAGUUGAAAGCACAAACGAAUGAAGUGAAAGGAAGCGAUAGCGAUCAACGAAGUUCGUUGGAAUCAAAAUCGAGUGCCGAAUCAAAGGGUUCGUUUGAAACGGAAAGUAGUAGUGGUUCAAUGGGUGCAGCACAACGCCAUGGUAUUCUACAGCAAAAAGAACAACAAUCGACUUUUAAAGCAUUCAAUGUUGAAAGUUCAGGUAGUUCCAGUUUAGACGAUUGGAUUGCAAUGGAAGACGAUCUGGGUCGUAGUAGUAGUAGUACCACAGAUAAACGUAAUUUGGACGAACAAAAAGAAAGCGAUUCAAGCAUUCAAGAUGAGAUAGUCGAAGUGACACCGAACUAUGGUGCCAAUUCAAGUGACAUAAUUCCAUACAAUUCGAAUUUUACAUUGAGUAGAACGCUGUCAAGAAUUUCAGAACGAAGUACGGCUUCGGAAAAAUCAAGUUGUGAGGAGGAGAUUCGUAGCGGCGAAAUGAGUCAAAAUGACGCUGAAAGCAUUCAUGAAGAGUGUUCGAUCAUUUCGAGUGAUCAUCAAGCAAGCAUCAGUUCUGAUUCACGUAGUAUCACAAAUUUUGCUUAUAUUUCGGACGGUGAUCGUCGAACAUCGGCUGAAAUGCCCGAAAUUCCAUGCGAUUCACAAUUGAGUGAUCGUUUGGCCGAUAUUUAUGGCAUCGAUGAAGCGACUGGUGUAAAAAACGGCCGCUUCUGCAUUACAAACGUUGAAGAAGGUGCUGCACGGGCAUGCGCCUCACGACGUGGACUAAUUGGUUCAAAUAUUCCGCCGGCAACUGAUAAACGCACUUUGGAAUGUUUAUCGAAUGCGGGUAGCCAAGAUUCAGAGGAUUUUCCACUGCCUGAUAUUCCAUACGAUGAUAGUUUGCCAUCGCAACAAGACAUAACGAUUGAAACUCACAUUCGAACGGUCGAUCAGCCGAUUCAAAAGCGUACAUUGCCGCGUACAUUUUGUUGGAAAACUUCCACUUCAAUUCGAUCACAAGAUUCGGAAAAUUGGCCAUCGCCGCCAGAUAGUGCUGAAAUUGAAACGCCAGUUGUUGAAGAAAUUUCCACAUUUUUCACUGAUGCGCCCGAAAUUGCGUCUCAAGUUAUGGUCGAUUCAUUCACAGACACAACCGUAACACCAACCACGGCCCAUCCAAACGAAAGCGACAAUGAAGAUGAUAUUAGCCAAAUGGCCGACAUUUCCAAAGACAAUUCACAAACGGAAAAAAUUAUCGAAACUCCAAUCAUAAGUCCAAUUGUUGAACAAAGUCAACAAAUUCCAACUUCCCCUGUCAUCGGUGCUGGUGGCACUUCUUAUUUGCCAAAAUCAUCGCCGGCAAAAGAAUCCAAAUGUUAUGUUGAUCCAUAUGAGCCACAAAGUUGCUUAAGUUCAGCAUCAUGUUUGAGACCAUCGAAUACAUGUUGUAAAGGUCACAAGCAUAAUGUGGGCUUGAUCAAAGAACAACUCGAUACGGAGAAAGUGAUUGUUUUGCAACCGACACGUUCCUCUCCGCCUCAAAGUGAAGUGAUGGGCUUUGACGACGAACCAUUUGUUGUUGAUGAUGUAUUUAGUCCAGGCACCGUUGAAAUGAUUGUCUCUCCGGAUGACACAAAAUUCGCUGAAUAUUUUAAUCGUAAAAUUUCACGCAGUUCCAACAAUUCGGAUACAUCAAAUGAUGACAUUCUUUCGAGCACCUUUGAUCGCGAUGAAAUCACCGUGAAGCGUCGCAGUCUCGAAACCGAACAAGUGACAAAAAGUAGUAGUGGUUCAUAUAAAAAAUGUAGUCAUUCAAGUCAUUCGGAAGAGGAGACAAGUUCAUUUGGUACGGACUUAGAUGGUACCGUUCGUAUGGGUAAACCAAUUAAAUGUACACACAGUUCACAUUCCGAAGACACUUCAAUUGGUUUGAGUAUAUCUGAAUGGAGUACGGGCACAAAUACGGUGCGUCAAUAUGCCAAUUUAUCCGGUUCGGAUAGUUUGUCGGCGGUAUCAAAUCAUUCGGGGGGCAUUAAAAGUGAAUCGAAAUCGAAUCACACCAAAUCGAGCAUGAGUUCGCUCAAUAAGUCGAUUGAAAGUCUUGACGAGAAAAGUGUUGGCAGUUUUUCAAGUAGUAAAAUUAAGAGAUGCUUUAGCGGUGGCAGCAACAGCAAUGACCCCAUUAAAUAUGAACAAUUUUUCUCAAGUUCUGACACCGAUAAAUUAACCGAAUCGAUUUCGGGCACACCAAAAAGCGACGAUACUACAAUGACCCUAACCGAAAUUGCUCAGAGCAUCACUGAAUGGUCGACGAGCAGUAGUAAAACACUUGUCGCAACAAUCUCACAACUUGAUUCAUCGAAAAUGGCUUCGACCAGCGACAGUAAUUCAAGCACAUUAAAAAGUAAUGGCGACUCAAUUCGAACGGCACCGAUGAAAUCGACCGGUGGAAUUGAAUACAUUCAAUUGAAACAACAUCGUCAAAUAUCGUCAAAAGAAGAGGAAAACGGUAAAAAAUCACCGCCAAAAUCGACCGAACGACCGGUUAAGAUUCCACCGCGAAUUGUUGACAUGCAAGAAAAGAAACCACAAUUUAAAGGCACCUUUGAGGAAUCGUCACCGAUAACGGUGUCGGGCAAACGACGAUCACUUGAACUCAUGUCAAAACGGUAUCAAAGUCAAGACAUUGUGUCCGAAAGUGAUCAAUUCGUUGAGAAAUUGUACGGUCAUGAUGAAAAAUUAACGGAACGAUAUCAAAGUCAGGAGUUCCAACAAUUGCAUUCGAUGAAAACGCCGUCAACACUUUGUGCGAUUGAUGAAGGUGCAAAACAAAUGGAUGACGAACGUAUGAGCCCCUACGAUAAACCAUUAACUAAAUAUCACAGUUACGAUGAUAAGACAUUGUCGAAGACUCAAAUUCGUGAUUAUAAAACGGCAUUGAAGGUGCGUCAAAGUAAUUCAUUUCAUGAACACAUGUUGACCCUGCCACCGAGUCAAUCAGAGUGUUCGCAAAUUAUUGAAGAAGAGGGUGGCCAAAGCUCUUCGACCACCGUUACAUCGCAAUUAAGCGGUGAAACGAGUACCGAAAAUUCAUCUCCAAUGCCAACACGGCCCGAUAAACUGAUCAAAUGUUCGCCAUACUAUUCGAGCAGCUUGAGCUCCGAUUCACCGCCAAUUCAAGCAAUUCAAAAGCCACCGCGUAAAAUGUCGUUAACCCGCUUGAAGAAUCCAUCAAGUGGCAAUGAAACAGACAGUUCUGUCGAUUUUCGACAACAAGAUCCAAAACUUCGCACGAAAGGUAUGCGAAAAAAGCGACAAAUUGCAAAUGUAAAACGAAUUAAAGUGCCAACUUCACCUGUAAUCGAACAUGAAAGUUCGGCUGAAAGUUCCGAUAUUUCAAAAGAACAAACCUAUUCGCAUGAAUAUUACGAAGAAGUUGACGAUGACUACUACGAACAAACCGACAUUGAAUCAAAACAUUCGGGACCAUAUCCGUCAACGUCAAAAUCGACCAAAUUCGAAAGUCUUGAUAUGUCUCAUGAUCUCGUUGAUGAGAUGGGCUUUCCAAAAUACGAUCGCCUCAGUCACAUAACGAAUCCACUUUAUAAACCACAAAUAACACCGAAACCAACAAUCGCACCAAAUCCGACUGGACAAUCGAACAAUUUUGGCACACAACCACCCGAAAAACCAGCACGCAACCAAAAGAAACGACCCAUUAAACGGGAAGAUUCAAUAAAUACGGGUUCAACGUAUGAGUGCGAUACACCGCCCAAAACAAGCAUACGAACACAAAAUUAUUCACAACACGACGAACCAAAAUCCGAAACUCAAUCGAGCAUAUCGGAUAAUAUUUACUAUUCGAGCGAAGAAAGUAAUAGUUUGCAAAUGUCAUCGACAACCGCCCGCACUGUGGUGCGUUUGUCGAAUAUUGAAUACGAAACAUUACAGAAUAUUCCCGACUGUGGAUCCGACGCAGAGGGCUCCGAAUUUUUCGAUUUAAAUGAAACGGUCGUGCCGCCGCCAAUGUUUUUGGGCGGUGACGAAUCCGAAUUAAGUGACGAGCAGUAAAUCCUAUAUGUCCCUUCUUUCAUUUAGUAAACGCAUUGGAAUAAACUUUUGUUCUAUAUAGAAAAGAAACGGAGAAGAUGAAAAAGGAAAUCAAAAGAAAGUAUAGAAAUGUUUAUAUGAUAAAGGCAAUCAAAAUUAUGUUUAACAGUUUUACACAAGUUCGAAUACACACACAAUGUGAAUGUUUUUGACAAUUCAGAUUAUUUUAUUCUCAGUUAUUUUGAGCACAAGCAUUAUGUGCCAAAUAAAAUAUAAACCGAUACUGUGAUUUUCUAUCCAAGUCCGAUUUUGUUGAAAACAAGAUAAUCGCCAAAAAAGUAUACUUUUAAUCAAAAUAGCACCGUUAGAAUCACACCCUAUUAAUUCCCUUACUGGAAACUUUUUUUCAUUUAUAAAUUGUACCUAUGGAUGAGUAAUAAUGAUGAGUUGCCAAACUCUUGUUUAGCCAAUUUAAAAAAAAGUGGCCUCUGAAUGCCAAAAUCAAAUAAUAUAAUAUAUUCAAUCCCCAGUACAGAUGAUAGCAACACAAAAAGUGAGAGGAUUAUAAUAAAACCAGAAAUAAAAAAUAUUUAGAGAAUGUCAUAUAUGUUCUAAUCGUCAACGGAAAUUGUGCCAAAUAUUUAUAUAUAUAUAUAUAUAAAAAGGAAUGAUAUUGUCAUACAAAUAAAAAGAAUGGCUCUAAACGAUAACAAUUAACAGGAAAAUACUGAAAAUAUACUAUUUGUUUUCUAAUAGCUUUAAAACACCCCUCAGACACUUUUUAUUUCCAUUUAUUUGAUUCACAAAAUCUAAAGAAAAUUACAUUCAUUGAAGAACAAUAACAAAAAUCCAAAAAAAAUAUCUAUUUGUUAAUCGAUUAAUUUUUCAAACAAAAUACAAAACCAUUUAGUUAUUGGUAUUCAAUUACACAAUUUUAGCGAAUCGGUAAUGUGAAAUGUUACGAAAUGAAUGUGUCAGAUUUAGAAGAAAAACAAUAAUAAAAAUCGAGUUUUUUUUCCAAAAAUCACUAUACUGAUCGAAUGGCGGAAAAAUCGAAUCAGAUAAAACUGAAUAUGAGUGUCUGUUAGAGAAAAUCGUUACGUUUUCAAAGGUUUUUAUGUGUUAAAUAUAUAAAUAUAUUUAAUGAUCAAAUUAUUGAAUUAAAAUCUACCAAAAAAGUAAAUGUUGUGUGCGUUUUUCCCGUAAGAUGGUUGUUUUAAAUCGAUUUACGUUUCUCCAUAGAAUUUAAGCGAUUAGCGAAAUAUUUUUUGUUUUGAUUUUCUCUCGUUCUACUAUUUGAUAAUACGGAGAAAAUCUUGAAACUGAAAAAGAUAUUUAUAUUUGAUCGAUUGAAAGUAAAGUGCAGAACCACAUUUAUUUUGGAAGAAAUACGAUAUGGUCGUAUAAAUUAACGAGGAUUUGAAUAAUUGGUUGAACAAAAUUUUUUGUGAUGUAUGUGGCAAAACUGUAUUUACUAUGGGCAUUUUUCAACAACAAAAAAAUCAAAAUAUUUCUUUAGCUAAUUUAUUUCCAGACAUUAGGUUUGAGCUAUGGAUAUAGCGGCUGCUAAUUCAUAGCCG